AUGUGCGGGAGAGGGCGGUGCACGCUGAGGCCGGAGGAGGUUGCCAGGGCCUGCUGCGUUGGGGAACUUGACGCCGGUGAUGUCUCCACCGUGGACCUCGACAAGUACCGGCCCUCUUAUAAUGUCUCGCCGGGGGCGUACCUUCCUGUCGUGGCGAAACGGCGGGAAAAAAAGACAGAAGGAGAAGAGGGGGGAGGGGAAAGUUCCCCCGUCCUGGUCUGUAUGAAGUGGGGCCUUGUCCCUAGCUUCACUAAGAAGACUGAUAAACCCGAUCACUACAGGAUGGUACGGUGCGGCCGUCAUUUCCUCUGCCUCUUUUUCAGUCUUCACUCUCUUCUGGUUCCUCUCUUGGUUCCUUUUUUUUUUUUUUGUCAUGAGGAGCCUUUAUUCAAUGUUUUAUUUGAUCAAUUUAAUUCCAUCGAAAUGUUUCUGCUCUUCACUCGAAGAUGGAACGUCUGAAACAUGGAACGGAAAUUGUUGAGGAUACCAAUGGACAUGUUGAUGGAUCAUCGUCCGAUACUGUUCCUUACUUUUGGAAGCAGAAACAUCAAAAAAUUACUGUUCUUAGAGUGAGAAGAACUUGGUUCAACUGGGUGCUAUAGAGAACCUAAACUGGCCGGGGAUAAAUGAAUUUGACCCUUUUUCAGGUAGUCAACACCCUCUUCUGAUUUUCCUUUUAUGUAUCGGUCCCUAUUAGAAAUCUGGAGUCAGUAAGCUCCAAUACUCAUCAGUCUCAUCUUUUAUCCAUAACAAUUUAGAAGCAUCCUGAAGAGGAGGGGCCUACAUCAACUUAAGCUCUUGCAGUCUACCUUAUGAAGUGGUGUUUGAGCUCUAAGAACGAUGAAGCUGGCGCUUUAUAGAAUGCUUUUGAAAAGAACACACGGUUGACCAAGUUGUCAAGAGUUGAGUGCAAGUCACCUUGAGGAUUCAGAGGUCAAGAAUAUUGGCCCGUUGAUUGAAAAGAGGUGCAUUGCAUGAAACGGCUGUUGAUUUUUUCAGGGUUAUUAAGCCUUAGGAAAGUCUCAGAUAAAAGAAAGAUCCCUUGGAACAUAAAUGGUUGAUUAAUUUGUAAUUAUGUAUUGAGAUAAGCCUACAGGUGAUUUCAAUAAAAAAAUCUGUUGUCAGUUAACUGUGCUUCGGUGCAUCUUGUCGCCCUGUAAUUUGCCAUUUAGAAUACUAAUCUUUGGCUGAAAAAAUCCACAUAACAUUCUCUAACUUCACCAAUGAAUAGAUCUUAUGAUCAGUAGAAUUAGUUACUGCUUUUUUUCUGAAAAUUCAGAAUUGUCAACCCACAAAUAUACGAUUCUUAACAUCUAUGAUAGUGUUAAUUUUAGCUUUGUACUUUAAACUUUGAAGUAAUUCUAAUUCUGUAUGUUAGUAAAUCUCUCAUCACUAUUUGUAUUUUUUGUUCGUAACAUUCAUACACACAAAAUUUCGUAUUCUUCCUUCAGACCGAUUGAAUGCAGACACUUUUUGAAAAUAAUUAAUUUAAAAUGUCACGAAUUCUAUGGACCACAAAUCUUCUCACCUGUUUUAUAAUUUUGAUAGAUCUACAUAACGGUCUCCAUUGGAAAAUCUGUAUGCAGAAGCGCCAAAGCUGUAUAAUUGUAGACACACACAUAUAUCUUAAAUAAGGCUCAGCAAUAGAGAGGAGAGUUUAGAAAAAGGAAUUGAUAAGCCUGAAUGCACUUUAAUUUUAAGAUUUUUGCAUGUCAACCUUAUCAUUGAUUAUUGAUAAAAAAAUGUUAUUUAUUUUCGUUAUAAGCAUAAUUUUAUCGUUGCUAUCUGGGGCAGCGAAGAUUUUAUUGGUUGAUGGUACACUCUUUGCUUAACUAAUGUCAUAUACAAUUUUUUUUUUAUUCAUUGUAGUUUAAUGCGCGGUCAGAAUCAAUUAGAGAGAAGGCAUCAUUUCGUCGACUCAUACCAAAGAAUCGUUGCCUAGUGGCAAUGGAAGGGUAUGUUUAAAGCUGAAGAAUAACAUCUUGCGGAUAUAUCUGUUUCUUUUCUGAUGUUUCUACUUGUAGCUGAAGAAAUUUCCAUGGCAUUUUUGCGCAAAAUUUUCAGAGUAUCUUCUGAAUUUCUAAAGCUUUGUGUAAUCGCCCGGUGCGGAGAUACUCCGGUGCCUUUGUCUAUUAAUCAGCUCUAUAUGAGAACAUCAAUUGAACCAAUGACUAUACAUCAAUUGAAGUAUGGACUAUAUUGGAACCGGAAAAUUUUCUUGAAAGAAGGCAGGAACUUGGUUUCACGCUAGAGGCUAGUACUCACCCUCUGUCGAAGACAAGUACUUUAUCAUUCAUUCAAGACUCUCCUUUACAAGUAGUCUGUAGCUGCUACAUUGCAAUGCCAUUCUUGUAGUCAAGAGGGUGAACACUUUUCCGUUCCUAAAAUAGAAAUCAGAGGAAGGCCGCUUUCAGAGGGGGAGCUUUUCCCUUGAGCAGUGGCAUAAACCUUAUUUUUCCCCAAAAUUUUGGCUUUUAUUGUUUUCCCCUGAUUAGUUGGGUUUGCCAGAUUUGGAUUGCUACCAUUGCUUCUCAUCCUAGCUGAGGUUUGGAGGCCUCCUUGGAUAGAAACAGGAGAGCGUCACAUCCGCAGAAGCAUAUAAGAUUACUGGACAGGUAGGCCCGAUUUAGUCCCCUGUUUACUAUUUUAGUAAACUUAUCCCCUUUUUAGUAGGAAAUCUUAGGAAUGACGUUAUUCUGCCUGUGGAAUAUCUUACCAAUUCACAGGCAGUAAUCUGCUUAUCUGUACCGUAUAUAAUACAUGAAUUUUACCAUUGCUGCCAUUGCUUUUUAUGUUCCCUCUGAUUGGAGCAUAAUUCCAUGUUUGGCCUAUCUUGAAGUGUACGAGUCAAGCAUCUGAUCAGACAUAAGUUGAUCAAGAUCUUGGUUAUAUGUCGUGUCCCCAUUUGGUGAUUUGUUGUCUGCUCCAGUUUUUUGCUGGAUUGCGUAAGGAACCUUUUGUGCAUAUACAUAACUUGUUUCAUGUGCAAUCUGUUUGUAAUCCAUUUGUUUAUUUUAUUGUAGUUUCUAUGAGUGGAAGAAGGAUGGAUCUAAAAAGCAGCCAUACUACAUAUAUUUCAAGGAUGGAAGACCUCUUGUAUUUGCUGCUCUUUAUGAUUCUUGGCAUAAUUCUGAAGGUAAAGUGGUUUGUAGCUUUUCUUACACAAAUCUAAUUUCAUGGACCAGUUUGACAUUUUCCAACCAAAUUUUUUGUGCCAAUUUCUUCCAUCCUAGAGUAAUUCCAUCGUUUCCUUUGUGCCCGUUGACUGCUAUAGUGUAGAGGAUAAAGUAGUUUUCAGUCCUAAGUUACUGUAAAAAGGGGACUGACAUACUAUUUUCAGUCCUAAUUUACUGUAAAGGAAAGUUCUCCUAUCAUGCUGUUGUGGAUGCCCACUGUAGUUACAGAAGAGAAAAUAGUAAUUUCAGCAUAAGAAAUCAUGAAAAUAUAGUUAUUUUGCACAACAUUUCGUUUUAAUGUUAUAUUGGAAAUCUGAAAUAAGCCUUGUUAGAUUCAGUGUAAAGUGGGAAGUUUAGUAACUCCUAGUUCCAUCCUAACCAUCAUAGAAAAAAGCGGCAGGGUUUCAUAAACCUUUACCAGUGAAUGUAGCCCAACAUACUGUGAUCAUCGUUUGAUACAUUCGAGUGUGAAUCUUACUCUUAUGCUUGAAAUCAUCACCAUUUUCUGCUACAUCCUAUUCACUGAAACAAAAUUACAUCUUGAUCUCUUUGUCUGGCCAGGGUCUGUGCUCAGGUUUUAGGCCAGGCAGUUUAGCAUCCUACUUUUCGUCGGUUUCCUUGCUAUGUUCUUGGAUAGAAGACUAAACCUUUCUUUGCUGAAGGUCGACCUUUUUAGAGUAUAAAACCGAUUUGUUCUGAUCGUAUCAAGGCGACGAUUGAUUUAGUUUUUUGUGGAAAGCCAAUUGCAGACUCUAUACAGGAACACGACAUGAAACUUGAUAAAAGCUGGUGUCCUAGAAAAAUACGAGUCACUGUUGAAGGGAGGGAGGCCAACAAGCUUUGGGAUAUAGCCGUUGCCCUAAAUGUUUCCUUCAUGGCAAUGGAUGAGAAUACCAUGCACAUGAAUGAUUAACCUUCCAUGAAUGAUUAAUCAUAGAGAGCUGCUUCAUACUUUAAAAAAAUGAGAAUACCAUGCCCUAGAACAUCAUGCAGUAAUGGUUUGAAAAUGCGAUGAAGGUGAUAAAAAGCGUUGACUUCAUUCUUCUCUCGAUUUCUUCACAACUAGGUUUUGCAACAGUCUUAUUAUCCCCAAGGGAAGUGCCAUCAAAUAAUAUCAAUAGCUAACAGGUUGACAUGUCUCUCGCAGGGGAGGUUGUUUACACAUUCACCAUUUUGACAACUUGUUCCUCGUCAGCUCUGCAGUGGCUCCAUGGUUGGUCAUGUUACCUUCUAUCCUUUUCCGGAGAUAACAACAUUUUGAGUUGGUUCGGUUCACUUUUAUCAGUCACUUUAUUAUUCCAUGAAAGGAAGUUCACAUGAUUUCUAGAAAAUUAAGGCUUCAACUAAUUGUGGUUGCCACUUAUGACUCUUAAAAUUCCUAUCUCUAGGGAUUAUUCCCCUAAUUGGUCAGGGUUGCCCCUGUGGGUUAAUAUAACAGACCACAGGCUUUUAUUAUUAUUAUCAUAGCAUUAACUCGUCUCUGUUCUUUAAUUAGUAGAUAUUUAAAACAAACCCUCAUAGAGCAUAAUUUUUAGGUCUUUUUUUUUCUUCAGUUGUUUGACUGUAGUAGGCAUUGAAUUGCAGACAGAAUGCCUGUGAUUUUGGGAGACAAGACCUCGAUAGAUAUAUGGCUAAAUGGUUCCGCCUCAGAAGUCGACUCUGUUGCUGGCCGCCCAUAUGAAGGUCCUGAUCUGGUAAUAACCCUUCAGAUGCCCGCUAAGCUUCUCUUCUGCUAUAUGAACGUUCUUCGUUAGCAUUCAUGUUAUUCACCGCCCCCCUCUCUGUCUAUUCCUACGCCUUGUUGCGUCAUCUCCCAGGUGUGGCAUCCAGUGACAGCUGCGAUGGGUAAACCAUCAUUUGAUGGACCAGAGUGUGUUAAGGAGGUAUUUUAAUUGACUUUAUUAGUUAAUCUUUUAAUGUUUUGGAAUGUCUACAACAUGGAUUUUGUCUCUAAACUUCUUAGAAGAUGUUAGCUUUUCCUAAAAAUAACAUAGAACCCACACCAAUCACACUACGUGAGCAUUCGAUAAGUUCAUGUCUUCACAAUUUCAGAAUUUAUGCCCAACUUUCCUUGGAUUAAAGAGAGGAAGAAAAUAUGGGGACCAUUUUUCACAAACUCAACGUUCACAUCUAAAUUAUCGUAUAUUUUCAUCAACAUGUGUUGUUUCUCUCCUCCUAACUGCUCUGCCAUUGAUACCUUCACUAAUUCUUCUGCCUAGGAGGCUGCACAUAAUAAUAGAUGACUGGAAGGGGUCCUGUCUUUACGUGUCAACAGGCGGUGCACAACUUUCUCACAGAAAACCUUCUUCUUUUUUCUUUCUACCUUUCAAUUCUCUUCCCUAUCCUGGUUUCUAAGAAUGGAAAGUAUUCCCCACCCCAUCUUUUGAACUCUCAUCCUCCUCCACUCUUUCUUUUGAUCCUCAAGCAAUGUCUUUAACCUCUGUACUUAAACUUCAGAACCAAAUGCAUCAGAUGAUCGAGCCCAUGCAUCAGACCAAUCAAUGCCACUUUUUUUUUCUUCUAGGCUUUUACCGGAUAUGUCUAGAAAUAUUGAUGUGAUUUCAUUGAAAUAACUUGCAGAUACAGUCCAAACCUGCUGAAAAGGGCUCGCUCUCAAAGUUCUUGAAGAAACAUGUGUCAGCUGUGCAUGAGAUAAUAUCUCCACAAUCUGCCACUGCGGCCCGGCCUGAAAGUGUGCAGGAAAGACAUGGCCUCGAGGAUGUUAAGGAAGAAGAGGAUGCGAUUGUAAAAAGGGAAUUUCCAGCAGGUCUACAAGAAAAUGAGAAGGCGGAGAGUAGGACUCACAUUGCCCGUCCCCCGAAGGAAGCACUCGAGGAAUAUAGCAAAAAGAGGGGGUAUGGACAACCUCUGUCUGAUUCAGUGUCUCCUGCUGUGGGCGCUGAUGACUCAAAGAAAAAAGGAAAGAUCGUUAAGUCUGCAGGUGGCGAGCAAGCCACGUUGUUCUCCUACUUUGGAAGAAGCUAG